CACAAACAUAGAAAAGGUAAAUGACGGAACAGUAAAAUUCCAUUUAGAAUUCUAAAACACAUCACAAUGUUGUUGAAAGGAUUUUUGAUUCUGGCAAUAUCAGUGUUCACCACAGGAGGUUUGCAACUAAAUGAUGAUUUGUGGGAGUUAGAUGACGACUACAGGGAUGUGAAAUACAGCAUGUUCACAAAUGGGACCACAAUGCUCGUAGCCAAUGGUGGUUGGUCUUUGGACAUUCUAGACCCAAUGGCAAGGAAAAUAACCUGGAGAAACUAUGAUAUCCGAGGAGCUGAUCAGAUGGCUAUUUCACCAUUUGGAGUUGGACCAUUGAUAGUUUCAUUAUCUUGCCCUUCUUAUGAUGCAAAGAAACCGUCAACAUUGAUUGUUCUGAAUGUGGAAGCACAGAAAAAUCAAAGUAUAUCUAUUCCAGGUGACAAUGGUAGGGUUAUUGCCAUGGUAGUCACACCAAAAAUGACAUGUACUUUCUUGGCAGCUCAAAUGUAUGGUAAUGUAACAGAACUGAUAUGCUACAGUCAUGUUGAAGCUAAACCCAAGAAGUGUCAAAUUUCAUUUCCGGUUGUGUCACAAUUCCAAGGUUCAGUAUGGUACCCUGGGGACAGUGAUGGCCCAUGGGUGUACACAGUCUGGGUCUCAGGGGGCCAGGAGUCACAAACCCAACAUAUAUAUAAGUUCAUUGAAACUGAUGGCUGCUUGAAAUACCAACGUAUGGGACCCAUUAUGACCAACACAAGCAUAUAUGGACCAAUUUACUUAUUCAAACAUGAAGACAAUACAUAUAACAUGUUCGCUGGUGGGGGAGAAUCCUUGGUUAUAUCUGCAGACUCCAACCAGGAUAUGAAGAUCAAAGCCUGCCUAAAUCAGACAUGUGGGGGCAGAUACCAGGGUAUAACUGAGAAAACAGAUAAUGGAUAUGAUGUUUAUGCCAUACAUGAAGGGACUCAGCAAUAUGAUUACACAAUAGAUGUUUACAGCGGACAAGACUUGAAGCUUACAAAUGUGCUACCAUUUCCAAAAGGAGCAGAACCUGAUCCAAAUGACAUUUUCUACAACAAACAUUACAAUAUGCUAUACACUGCAGCACAUUACUGGGACUAUGGAAUCAAUGGAUCAGUGUAUGCUAUUGGAUAUGUACAUCCUUAACUUUUAACAUGCAUUAGCUGAAGUUUUAAGCAUUAAAAUAAAUUUAAUUUAUGUUGAAGAAACAAAUAGUAUUGUAAAACGUGUUAAUUUCAUAUACACAAUUCCUGGAUAUGUGCAGAUAAGUAAGAUUCAAAAUUCACUCUGACUGAUGUCGAGACAAUGGUUCUAGAAUCUAAUAAGAACUUAUGUGUAGCAAAGAUUUGUUUGAAAAAGAGUUGCUGUUUAAUAAAUAUUGAAUUUUUU